CUUAAUGCCUCAAACGUUUAAAUACCCGAUAUUUGAGCGAGUUUAAACUCUUGCUCGGUUAUUAAAGAGUUGGUAACUUUUUUCUUCAAUGGGUUGAAGAACGCGAAGUCGCUUUGGGAGGGAAAUAACGGUACGGGACGUUAGCUGAAUGUUAGCUAACCAGCAACAGGUUGGUUGGUUGGUCAGCUAGCUAACUGACAAAACACGGCUAUGGAGCGCGCGACUUUUUCAAAAUACUCGUGGAUUGAUUUUGUCUUCUCCGUGGUCGGGGUGUGCACCUUCCUGGUGGACCUGGGCUCGGACGUGUGGGUGGCCACCGAGUUUUACUGCCGCGGGGACCUGUUCUGGUUCGGGGUGCUGGUCGGCCUCAUGGUCCAGUCCUCGAUGGUGGUCCAGUUGUUCAGCUGGUUCUGGCUCAAGUAUGACCGAGAGCUGCCCGGGUUCAGCGCGCAGACCGGGGGAGGAACCGUGCUGUUCGGGGACAGAGUGAAGCUGUCCUGCCUGCUACAUGUGCUGCAGCUGGGCUUCCUCUGCAGGCACAUCUCCGCCAUACGACAAGGCUUCAGGGUUUGGUGGCGGAAAGAGGAAGGGUCAGAGUAUGCCGUUUACCUGACACACGACCUCAGCAUGCUGCGGCUCAUCGAAACGUUCUGUGAGAGUGCUCCUCAGCUCACGCUGAUGAUCUACGUCAUGUUGUACACAAACAAAGCCAGGACUGUUCAGUUUGUGAGCAUUGCCGCAUCAACCACUUCCAUAGCGUGGAUGGUGGUGGAUUACCACCGCUCCCUGCGCUCCUUCCUCCCAGACAAGGCCAAGCAGGGCUGGUGUUCCUCUUUAAUAUACUUCCUGUGGAACCUGCUGCUAAUCGCCCCACGUGUGGCCGCCCUUGCCCUCUUCGCUUCGGUCCUGUCUGGGUUUAUUGCUGCCCACUUUCUGAUGCUGUGGUUUGUGUUUGUGUUGUGGGCCUGGCGACAGGGGACAUACUUCAUGGACAGUGCCGGUGGGGAGUGGCUCUACCGGGCCACCGUUGGGCUCAUUUGGUACUUCAGCUGGUUUAACGUAGCGGAGGGUCAAACCAGAGGCAGGAGCAUCAUCUACCAUUCCUUCAUCACCACUGAUGGAGUUAUCCUGCUGGUGACCUGGUGGUGUUACAGGGACCCUGUCCAGACUGAGCCGUACGCCCUCGCUCUGAUAAUCACUCUACCUUUAAUCUACCUCCUGGGACUGUUUUUUAAAGCCCUCUACUACUGCUGCUUCCACCCGAAGCUGUGGAGGCCCCCGAUGAGGGACCCAGGGCUGCCCGAUGAUCUGCCCGAUGCAGAUGUGUCCUUAAGAAAUGUUUCCAUCCAGGACAGCACCCCAUCCUCCCAGCUCCUCAACAAACGGAUGGCCUGCCAUGCUGCUCACUUCUAUUUAGAGCAAGGAGUCAUUAGAAACACUGAUAGCACAUGUAGAGCGGAGUUAUCACGUCUGUGAUGUCCGACUUUUUUUGUGUCACAGCCAACUGUGUACUACUGAUAAAUGUUACCUUCUGUGGUUGUGGUAAUAUGCAGCAGUCGAUGUAGACUGUUUCCUGUUUGUGCUGCAGUUUCUUCUGCUGCUUAGUUGGGAUGCGAAUUGAUAAGAUUUUCUUGAUACCAAGAUUUUGCUUAUCAGCCUAAAUCUUUAUUGAUUUCCUUACAGAGUGCCCCGGGAGGGACGUUUUUCUUUAGGCCAGUGCUAAAGGUAGUGUCACCCUGGUUCCCUCUUCAAAAUCCUAUGGGAUUUUUCCAUUACAUUUUGGGUUAUGUUGGAAAAUAAGGUCUGUAGCAAAGAAACGUUUAUGAUACUUACACAUUUUGUUCAGCAAGAUAAU